AUGGCUCAAAUUGUUCGACAAAGCAAGUUCAGACAUGUGUUCUGUAAGCCAGUGAAGCAUGAGAGCUGCAUGUCCGACAUUAGAGUACGUGCUUCGAAUAUUCACAGCGAAACUUUCUUCUUUCCGUUUCUAGGUCACUGAGAUCACCUGGGACUCUCUAUUCUGUGAUGUCAAUCCAAAGUUCAUCGCUUUCAUCAACAGAGGCGCCGGCGGUCCGUUCAUGGUGAUUCCCGUCAACAAGGUACGUCUUCCUUCCCUUCCCACACAUGUUUCCUAUCUAUUUAACUGCUAGCGAGGUAUCAUGUGUGCUUGUUGUUAUUUCUGUUUUGCCCACACACCAACUGCUAUCUAAGCGGUCAUAGAACACUUUUCCAGAUCGGAAGAAUCGACAAGGACUAUCCGUUCGUCGACGCCCACAAGGCGCCGUGUCUCGAAGUCGCAUGGAGUCCUUUCAACGACAACGUCAUCGCCUCGUGCUCCGAAGACACCACGUGCAAAGUUUGGGUCAUUCCGGACCGAGGACUCUCUCGCAAUCUGGUCGAGCCAGCCGUUGAGUUGACGGGACAUCAGAAGAGAGUGAACACGAUUGCCUGGCAUCCAGUGGCCAACAACGUUCUUUUGACUGCGGGUGACUCGCGGCAUUCAAAAGAACACUGUUAAAAUGAGCGGUUGCAGGAGGAGAGAAUGUGAUGUUCAUGUGGAAUGUGGGCACGGGAGAGGCUCUUCUUGAGAUCUCUGGACAUCCGGAUCAGAUCUGGAGCAUUAAUUUCAAUUACGACGGAAGUCAGUUCGUGACCACUUGCAAGGACAAGAAGAUUCGUAUUCUGGACUCGCACACCGGUGAAGUUCUUCACGAAGGAACCGGUCACGAGGGAGUGAAGCCUCAAAGAGCCAUCUUCGUGAAGGAUGGACUCGUUCUUACAACUGGGUAAUAGAAAUAGAGCUGAUUUGAACAUAAGUCUCUCUUCAGAUUCACGAAAAGAUCUGAACGUUUGUACGCCCUCCGUGCUCCAGAAGACCUCUCCACUCCAAUUGUUGAGGAAGAGCUGGACACUUCGAACGGCGUGAUGUUUCCGUUUUACGACGAAGACGCUGGAUUGGUGUAUCUAGUGGGUAAAGGCGACUGUGCCAUUCGGUACUACGAAGUCAACAACGAGGCUCCGUUCGUGCAUUACAUCAAUACGUACACAACGAGUGAGCCACAGAGAGCCAUCGGAUUCCAAUCGAAGAGAGGAAUCACAUCGGAAGAGAACGAGAUCAACAGAAUUUACAAGUUGACCACGAAGGGAGUCGUUGAUAUUCUUCAGUUCUUUGUUCCUCGAAAGUCAGAUCUGUUCCAAGUGAGUGUGCUGCUUCUUAUCAUUAGCAUCCGAAAGGGUUUCAGCAUGAUCUUUACCCAGACACCCGUUCAACCAUCCCUGCGUUGACGGCCGAGGAGUUUAUGGAAGGAAAGAACUCUGCUCCGAACCGGCAGCCCGUAAAUGCGGCCGCCGCUGCAGCUGCUUCAAAGCCGAAGGUCCAGGUGGCCAAGAAGGCGAACAUCCUGAGCACUCUCGCUCCCACUACGUUAGUUCUUUUUCUUACUGUGAAUUGUAGUUGUUUCAAAUUCAGCGCAGAGAGUGCUUCUUACUCGGAACGUCCAUCUGCCGCUUCUUCUGCCGCCCCGUCGCCCCGUCCGUCGGCUUCCCCGAGACCUCGUCCAGUUGUCGUCGACGAGGAUAUGGGAAUUGUUCCGAUGCGGGAGGCUCCUCCGAGCAGACCGGCUUCUUCCAGAGCAUCUAGGACUGAGAUUCCUCCGAGAGAGGAGAACAAGCCGGAUCCGAUGAAGCCGAAGCAGGCGGUAAGAUCCUCGCCCACUUCUCGCCGUCUUCAGCACAGCUUUCCUCCGCCCAGCUUCUUCAUGCAUGCUUCCUUCUCUCACUCACUUUCCCUUCUUUCAGGUCACACUCAAGUCCCGAGCUGCCCGUGAUGAGCCGGGAGGUGAAGGACAGACUGCUGGUCAGAGAAGAGCGGCCGCCGAGUUGGAGAAGAUCAAGAGGUCCCAGGGGGGAAACGCCGAUGAGGACACUUUGGCUCCGCCCCCUCAGUCGAGAGCUUCCGCCUCGCCACGUGGCAGCAUUUCCUCUGAUGCCGGGGCACGUUUCACUAACUUUCCUUCCCAGGGCUCUCAGCUUCCAGCCUUACCGAAUCCAAGUUCCGCGUUCCCAUCUCAAUAUUUUGUUUACAGCACGUGCCGCAGAAUAUGGACGAGCUUCUCGAUGAUCUUAUGAAGAUGAAGGCGGUGCUCCGGCAGCACGAGCGUCGCAUCCGAAUGCUCGAGGAGGAAAUCGCCGACCGCAAUAUGAGCAACGCCUACUCCUUCUAA